CGCUCCUAUUCCCACUACUACAGUCCUACAUACACCCCCACCCCCACUCCCACUCCCACAGAAUGAACCUCAAGAUCAUUUCCUUCGUUUCCUUUCCUUCCGAAGAAUUAUACGGACAUGCCGGAGAGAGCAUCUGCUAUCUCAUCCUCAACUACCUCAGUCAGAUCGACAUUACUAUUACGCUUCUUGGCCGGGAGAAGCGAUACCGGCGGACCACCACCUCAGCUCAUCGAUCCGGCGGCGGCGGUUUAGCGGAUGACAUUUCUUCUCGUCAGCCUUGGUGGAGGAGGCCGGCCAGGGCCAGACAGAGAGGGAGGAGCUGUUGCUGUGCUUACGGGAAGAAGAGAAGACAAGAUGCAUCAAGUAGUGUUAGAGACUUUAAUAAUUAUGCCACUCGUCUCGUGGAACUAUGAGACUGUAGACACGUAUUACGGGCAAUGCAGCAGUGUUUGUUACUACCUCUGUCCCAAUUCACUUUGCCAUCUUUGACCUUUCCAGUCAAAGAGGGUAAACUUUGACCAAUUAUUUUAACUAAUAUAUUUAUGCAAAAUUUAAAAGUUUUAUACUUUUAUGAUAGUAUUUUUAAGAAAGAACAUUUUCAUAUUAUCAAUACUUUAUCUAUAUAAACAUAUAAUAGUCAAAGUUAGACGCCAUUGACUUGAAAAGUCAAGUUUGGCUAACUAAAAUGGGACGGAGGGAGUAUGUUGGAAAUGUACCAGUUCCUCUUCUCUGAGCGUUGGACGAUCCAGUUUGUACAACAAAAGUAAUUCCAUGGGAUUGGUGCAGGUGGCAUUGCUCAAUCAUCGUGAGACAAGGUGGCAAUGCUGACAAGACACAUCUGAAGGCCCAGCUUCUGAGGAUGUACUUUUCACAAGUGAUGGUGAUUCUGUAGUGCAUGACAGUGAUCACUUCCAUCUAGAGAUCGGGGAGAGUGACUCAUCUGACAAUGAGAUGUGUUUCUAUCCAUUUUCCAAGAAAAGUUCUCCAACUGUAAAACUUGAUGAGCGCAGAUUAUUUCUUGAAAAUUUGAUUUUCGGAGCUCCAAUGUGAUCCACGGAGAACAGGAUUGUGUGAAAAGGAAGCUACCUUGAUGUUGUCGUACCUGCCCUUGCAUCUCGCUUAGAUCCAGGAAAUCCAGAAACUGAAUGCAAAUGUCAAGCACUCCAAAUCGGUUCGUCGAUUCAAUUUCCUGCCAGAAAUCUCUCCAGCCUCACGCCAGGAGUUCCAUAUUGGAGAGUCUUUCUUGCCCGUUUCACUUCAGAGAAAUCAUGGCCCCUUAAUCGCCGACGAUCGAAACCCUUGCCGCCGUCUUCCAUUCAGCCCGAUCGAUCGUCGAUUAUCUGUCAGCUGAGAAAUCUAUCGGCGAUAUCCAAAUUGACCGGUGGGCCUGUGAACUCCCGAAACCCCCACUCUCAUCCCUCUAUUUCAAGGUUCCUUCUAGAACGUAACAAUCUUUGUGAAAUAGCCAUGAUGAGUGGUUUCAUACAUUUUUGCUCCAGUUGAACCUCCUACCUGAAAUCAAAUCACGUCCUGAAGUCUAUUAUAUUCAUCCAGUGAAUAGAAAAAAGGGAUGCCUCAUUUAAGCGGUUAAGCCUAUACCAGUUGUGCAUAAGCCUAUUUCACCAGUAUUGCAAUGGAUCGGGCAGAGAAAGCUUGAGAUCUCUAGAAAAAGUAUUACAAGGAUGACUUUGACAACACAUUUAAAGAAGAUAUCAUUGUAACCACGUCAGAAAAGAAUACAGAAGAGAAGACAAGGUCACAUGUUAAGGAUUUAAAAGAUGAUGCAACUGGUCCUGCAGAUUCUGAAUUCAACAGUCUGAUACAAGGCAUUUUCUGCAUUCACGAGUACCAAUCAAGAUGAAAAAGAGAGUUUGUUCAAUUGAACUAAUCAUGUAAGUUUAAAUCUUUAAUUGAUUGAGUUCCUUUUUAAUUUGAUUCGGCCUCUGUUUAUUUUACGUUAUUCAUCUAAAGUUUUUGUUUUGCUCAGUUGUCCAUAUGCAUUUCGUCACUCCAGGUAAGUACAAACCACAACUAUUACAACAACCUCAAAGAAAUACCCCAUCAAAGAACAUGGAUUGAAGAAAAAUAGACAAUUUUAUUCAAUAGAAUAAGGUAAUCUUAUGCUCAAUUAGAUUAAAAUUUGAUAUUCCUUGCGUCCAUGGGUUAAUUGAAAUCUAUAUUAAAAAUAGGAUAAAAAUUCAUAGUUAACCACUUCAAUAGCUUCUACUUUGAAAUUAUUACACAAAUAAGCUGAUUCUUUGAUUAGUACUACCUCCGUCCCCCUAAGUUUGGGACAAGAGAAGGUGGCACGGUUAUUAAUAAAAGUGGGUUUAUGUGGUUGAUAUUGAAUUUAUAAAGUAAGAAUAAAGUAGGAAUGAUUUAGAACCACACCAACUUUACCAAAUGAGGUAUGAGACAAUCUUAGUGGGACGGACCGAAAUGGUAAAAUGGGACAAUCAUAGCGGGACUGAGGGAGUACAUUAUAAUUGUCCCCACAAAAAAAAACAUUAUAGUUGUCAAGACUCGGAAAAACUCCAUCAUUUUUCACAUUCUGUGAAAUAUCUCCCAAAAUACGCUUCAUUCCCUUGGUGAUAUUGAAAAUAGAUCUUGAGGAACCUGAUACUUGGUGUAAUUUUUUGCUCCCACUAAAUGAUUAGUAGUUAGCUUUCCAAGACUCAACAAGAUUUUACGAUAGUAACUUUGAAAGUAUCGAGAUUUUUAUAUUUAGAGCUUGACUAUGUUGGUGUUUCUACACUCUAUCCUUGACUAAUAAUUUGAAAAUAUUUUGACCUGAGCUUUGAUUUUUUAUUUAUUUUGUCAGUGAUGGAAUUUCUGAAAUUGAUGUUUGUUCAUUGAUAAUAAUGUUUGUCUUUAAGACGGUUCAUCUUUGAAAAUCUAUAAUUUCAUUUUACUCAGGGGUUGAAUUGAUCUUGGAAUUGCAACUGUGGUUAAUCAGUUGUGGCUGAUUCCAAGGGAGCAGUAGGUGAGGCGCAGUCACGUAGACUAGUCAUCAAGGUUGACUUUGACCUUUUCCACAAACAUGCACUACCAAGAUGGUUCUUUCUCCCAGGCUGCUUGUUCUUAUUUCUAAAAGAAAAUUCUAAAAGAGAAAAGAUGGGGUUUCCUACAUGGCUGCUUGUUCUUAUUUCUGCAUGCAUGAUCACAUGUCACUUGAAGUCUGUAUUAGGAGAAACGAGGUGCAUAGAGAGGGAAAGAGAGGCACUUCUGAAGUUGAAGGAAGGCUUCACAGAUACGGAUGACCGUAUGUUGUCAACGUGGGGAAGUGAGGCCGACAAAAAUGAAUGUUGCCAAUGGAAGCACGUCGUGUGUGACAACGUCACAGGUCAUGUGACUGCCCUCCAGCUUGGGGGUUUGACUACUUCGACGUUUCCAAUGGGAGGCAAGAUCAGUCCCGCUUUACUCGAAUUGCAUCAUUUGAAUCAUUUAGUUCCGAGUUAUAAUGAUUUUGGAGGAACAAGAAUCCCCGAAUUCAUCGGCUCCAUUAGAGCUUUACAGCUGUUGGAUCUCAGUUAUUCCAACUUUUCCGGGGUGGUUCCUCCUCAGCUAGGGAGCCUUGCACAGUUCCUCCUCAUCAUCGCUAUCUACCCUUGAUCUGUCAUCAAACAAGCUCACUUCUUCCACCACAUUACAAUGGUUGUUGUUUAACACAAGUGCAAGUCUUGCUUAUAUAGGCCUGUCAGGAAAUCAGUUUAGUGGUCCAAUCCCAGACGCGUUUGAGAAGCUGUUUUUUCUGGAAUCUCCAUGACAACAUGUUUGAAGGACAGAUCCCGAAGUCUCUAGGGAAUUUAAGUUUGGUAGACUUAGACCUCUCCCAUAAUGACAUGGGAGGACCUCUUGAGGAUUUAUUAAACUCAUAACACUAGAGACUCCCACCGCCGGUCUUUCCAAGCUUGAACACCUCGACGUUUCACAUAAUUCAUUACAAGGAACACUCUCGGAAACCUACUUCAUAGGCCUUAGCAACUUAAGGUACAUAGAUUUAUCAUUUAAUAGAUUGAAGUUGGAGUUCAGCAAAAACUGGAUCCCGUCUUUCAAGUAGCGUCUUAUAUACUUGGCAAACUGCAAAAUUGGCCCUUCUUUCCCUGAAUGGGUUCAGACACAAAGGGGGUAUGUUGUUAAUCUGGACAUUUGUAAUGCUGGUAUAUCUGAUGAAGCUCCUCAAUGGCUAUGGAAUAUGUCUCUGGGAUACUUGAACCUGUCUCGUAAUCAGAUUACUGGCACAAUCCCAGAUCUGUCGUCCACUUCCAUUGGGAUUGUUGAUGCCGGGCAUAAUAACUUAUCAGGGACUGUACCAUCAAUUAGUCCGCUCAUUUGGGUUCUUCAGCUCUCCCAAAAUAUGUUUUCCGGGACCAUUAAUUCCUUAUGCCUGUACGCCUAUUGCAGGAUUUCAUGGCUUGACCUCUCUAAUAACUAGUUGAUGGGAACGCUCCCCAGCGACUUGUGGAACAUGCAGGCAUUGGAGAUUCUCAAUGUGAAUUACAACAACCUUUCUGAUAAUAUUUAGUAUGGACAAUGUCUACGAGGUAAAGAGAUGGAGACAUCAGUUUAAAAUGCAACUACAAGGAAGAUCUAGCUCCUGCAGAGCACAGGACUUAAAUGAAAUUCCUUUUCCUUAUGCAGUGUGUGCUAUAUUUGACAAGGGUGAUGACCCAAAAGAUAUGUUGAUAAUUGCUGCUCCAAGGAUUGCAGGUGUACCUAUCGGGAAUGGUGAUAUUACUCUGAAGAGUUGGCUGCAGAAACUUCUCUCCGGGCCGGACAAGGAAACAAGUUGUAAGGUGGCAAUGGUGUUAUGGGGUGUUUGGAAGAGGAGGAACUCGUUUGUGUGGAAUGAUGACUGGCAGCAAACUGCCGGCCUGCUUAACGGUUGUGCAAGUGUUCUACGCGCAUGGCGCGAUGCACAACAGCAGGUUGCGGGAGUUGGGAGCAGUAGCGGAGGUUCCAGCAGCGCGGGAUGGGUCAAACCGCGAUCAGGGAGGAUUAAGGUGAACGUGGACGCUGCACUAGAUUUGACAAAGGACAUUCGAGCUUGGAGUUGGGUGGCAAGGAAUGAUCAAGGAGAGUUUAUCAAGGUAGGGGGAGGUUCGCGCGAAGCACGCUGGUCUCCGGAAGAGGCUGAAGCCUAUGGUCUUCGUGAGGCCAUCAGAACAGCUAUUAAGGAAGGUUGGGACCUUGUUGAUUUUGAAUCUGAUGCUCAGGUGGUGGUACGGGGACUUGGCAAGAGAGGAGGAUUGGCAUAUAUGGAUCUUAUACUUGAUGAUAUCCACUUCUUGAUACACACAAAGAGGUCUUUUAGUAUCUCUUAUUGCAAAAGGUCCGCGAAUCGUGUGGCUCAUGCCUCGGCGAGAUCACAUGUUAGCAUCUCAGAUCAUAGUUUUAGUUAUGAGAGUAUUCCGAGAAGUAUUGUAAGCCUGAUGGCAAAUGAUCUUUUAUUAAUAUAAUGAUGACGGGUUUAUUUUUGCAAAAAAA